AUGGCAGAUGACGACUCGCCUCGCCUCUGGGGCACUCCGCCCAAGACUACCCUGCCGAAGAAGCAGCGCGACGUCGACAUUGAUCUGGAGUCCUUAUACGAUGUUCGAGAAGCCAUACGUACAUACUCCGACACUGGGUAUCACGAUCGAAGAGUGUAAGAUGCUGAAGAUAGUCUUUGACAGUAACUUUUGACAUACAACAUUUAGAAAACCAAAUAUAGUAGUAAAGUUUGACAAACAGCUCGAACUUUUAAAAUGUUAGUAAUAUUUUAUAAAAAUUUUGCAUUUAUCCAUAGCUUUACCUGUUUCAUGUUGCAAAGCCAUUGUUAUCAUAAUAUUUGUCGCGACAAGACGUCUUUAUUAAUUUUGCGACAAAAUUUUGUUUUUCCUGUUUAGCCGAUCUGCGCCCUUCAGAUACGUUCCCCCGCAGGCCGCAGUCUUCCUUUGCUAAAAAAUGGUUGAUUUUCAGCUACUCGAAAUACGAACCGAAUGAACUUUGGGAAGAUGAUCUGUCGUUAUACAAGGUCAAACACGUAGUUGGUGCUGGUGCUUUUGGUACAGUUUUGUGUGCUUUCAAUUCCCACGAAAAAAAAGAUUGUGCUCUGAAGUUGGUCAGAGCUUACAAGAGGGAUCUGGUCGAAAUUGUAAGGAGUUGUACCUUAAAAUGUUGCUUUUUUAAAUAAUUUUAAGUUUAUAAAACGUGUAAUAACGAGAUGUUGUUUUAGGUACGAGAAAUCCGAGUUUUGGCGACAUUACACCAUCCCAAUAUCGUGCCAUUGUUUUGCGCAUGUGUUACUGAUGAUGGCAUGCUGGUCAUGAUCAUGCCAUUGCUCUUACCGGUUGGGAAGAUUAUUCGAGAAAUGUAAGAGGCUUGUUGUUUGCUUACUAUAGUUAUUUUCAAAACAAUAUGAUUAAAAACUUUCAUCUACUAUAACUUUAUUGCGUACGUCUUUAUAAGCAUUAUUUUUUUAAUGUUUUUUCAUAGACACAUCAUAAUUUUAGCCGAAAUGAAGUACAAGACAAUUAUCACACUCGAGAUGUAGUUCAAGCACUGCCAGAGCCCGUUGUUCACAACAUGAUGAAGCAGGUGUGUGCGGGACUUACCUUCAUGCACAACCACAGCUAUGUGCAUCGUGACCUGAAGGCCGACAACUUUCUGAUCGACUUGGAUGGGGCGGUCAAAGUGGCAGACUUUGGUUUGGCCAAAAGGUACGACCCCGAAGCAAAUCAGGGAUUGGGCGAGAUUCAGACGCCGGUUGGCACGAAGACCUUCAUGGCUCCAGAAGUCGCUGAAGGAUUUAUAGUUACUAAUCCAAUACCAUACGAUAUUACGGCGGAGACUUGGUAUGUUAUGCUAUAUUAAGACCAAUCUGUAUUGUCUUAUGAAGAUGAGCUUACAUUCUUGAUGCUGAUGACAUAGGCUAUCUUUUUAAACGCGUCUUUACAUUGAUGACAUUUUGUGUUUAGGGCAGUUGGGAUCUGUACGAUGGAGUUGUUCUUUGGAGAACUACCGUAUUCUCGUACCAAAAGCGACGUGUUAUACGAGAUCUACAACCUGGAGAAGUACGAGAAUGCCAGUCACGAUGUCAACUGGGACGAGUUCUACCCUCGAGGCGAGAAGUUGCGACGAAGACUUUCCAAGUAUUGCAAAGAGUUUCUAGGUAAUACCUACUGCUAUUGUUUCAUAUCAUAGUUAGAAGACCCGAAAGUUAUGUUAAAGUAACAAACAUGUGCCACAAAAAUAAAAAUUGACUUUUACUACAAGAUUAGCAAGGUAUAAUACUUUAAUAUAUUGAAAUCUUUAGACUUAUGCCUCCGGAUCGAUCCAGCAGAUCGUAUGACAGUAGCAGAACUCUUCACUAACGGUUACUGGAUGCUACAACCAUCUAUUGCCAAUUCUAAAGUCGUACUGGAGCUGCUGGGGACGCACGGUGAAGAGAACAUCAAGCUGAAGUACGAGAAGAAGACCCGAGCCAGACUAGAUGAACAUCGACGUGAGAACAACAACCCGAAAAGAGCGAGGGCCAAGGAGGAAGACAUACCCAUGUGCAUCAGUCUCAGUGUCCCUAAGAAGGGCGUAGGUUACUGUAGUUUUUACUGGAGUUUUACUGUUUUGAGUCAUAUUAUACGCACUUUAAGGGCAUAUGUGAAGGUCUUAAGAUGAUGGUGUUAUGGUUAAUAUAUGUGUUUCAGCGUCAUUUCAAGAAGUUUUUGCUGAGCAGAGACCUGGAUGAGAAGAAGAACGAGAGAAUCGUGCACGACAAACUGUUUGGCUACGUUUUUGACAAAAUAAUAGAGUAAGUAUGAUCUAUAUAGUUUACUUUAGCUGAAAAUUGCAGUUACUUAUUAAAAGCUAUGUUGUUUUAGUAUGUACGACUACAUAGCCAUCACAACUGAAGCCGUCAGAACGUAUCGUCGGUUCCUGAGAUACGAUGAAUCUCCACAACAUGUAGAUCUGAACAGUAAAGGUGUCUGUAUUGUGAGCUACGAUAAGGAGAUGUUCUACGACGAAGAGAAUCCACGACUUGAUCCCACGUUACGACGACCGACCGUGAAUCCGAGAAGAAAGAAUCAGAAGGCACCGAAGCUACACAGAGGCGAGAGAACUCCGAAGCGGGCUUGA